AUGCAGAGGCCUUCCCGCUUGUGCUGGAGCCCCAGGACUUGGACGAGGACGAGGCCACCGCUGUGCUGGCGGCGCUUGUCGAGGGGCGCUCCGGCGUGGAGCGCCCUCGCACCCGGCGGGGGCCUCGCAAGUUCGAGACGGCCAGAACGCUUGGCCGCGAUGGCUCUUGGGACAGGAGGACUCGCCGCCGCGGCGCAGCCGGCCCUCGAGGGCGAGGGGGCCUCCGAAAUACGAACGGAAUAUCAGGCCAAGUGCAUUCAGGAUCUCGUCGAGAGCAAUCUAUCCAUGCCGGCGCGCCUCGCGGCGGGGGGCGUCGGCGCCUACGCCGAGGUCGACGCCGUGGCUGGCCAGGCACUGCUCGGCGAUAUCGCGGUUUCGACGAGCUCCUCGAGUUCGCGCGCGACCGCGGGUGCAGGGCGAAAGGUGGCUUCGACGCCCGCGAAAGGAGCGCCGGCCUCUCGUCGGGGAGCUUGGAUGCUGGUGGCGGUCGCGGCCUGCAGGGUCAAGGAGUUCUUGGCCCUCGAUGUCGAACCUGAAAGCUGCUCGCAGAGUUCUACGUCGGCGAUGGCGUGA